AUGCCUCGACUCGUCCGCCGAAGACCGCUAAUGGAGCGUGUCAAGGCCAUGCUCAACCCCAUGGACUUCCUGCUGUGGCUGUCCGAGGAGAUCGAGACUCGCGACUGGGAUUCCAAGCUCGUCGGUACCCAGCUGGGCCUCGCCAUGAACUUCGCUUUCCUACUUGCGCGCGCCAAUAGUGGAGGCUCCCGCGCCGCGGAUCCGGUGUUCGACGAGGGCGGGACGUCGGGGUGGUUCAGUUUCUUCGUCGGCACCCUACUCUGGCUCCUAAUCGGCUGUUCUGUCAUCAACGCCUUCUACACCAUGUACCGAUCCCGCCACUACCGAUUAUUCGAGGCCGACGUUGAAAAACCACCGUCGACACCCUCUGCCCAACGCGUCCGAGUCCAGUCCUCACCCGUCUCGUCGUCGCCGCUGCGAUUCUUGACUGAUAUGAUGAGUUUCGAGAGCGCAGAGUCCAGGGCGCAUCCGGAUAGGACCCGGGACGUCUGGCAGCUCUCGGUCUGGGACCCUCUGCCCAUCUCGCUGCGCAUCUUCUGCUUGUUCAGCCCCGGUCAUGUCCUCGUGUACAUGAUGUUCCUCCCGCUGGUGCCUCUCGACGCCAGACCGAGUGUUACCGUGUUCAACUGCAUCGUCCUGCAGAUCAUCCUCUCGGUGCAGCUGGUGCUGUUUCAGUCCAGGUUCUCCCAGCAGAACAAGGACACAUCUGUUAUCCAGAAGGAGGUCAUGCACGAGUAUGACACCAAAUUUGUCCAUCCUCGCCUGUACCCGACCGUCAGAGAUGCAGGGACACAGUUGUCAAUGGAUGAUGACAAUGAAGCGGAAUUUGUGGAGGUUGGCACUCGUACUGUCCAACUACGUCGGGGCUUCGAGACCCGGCCGAACCCCAACUACGCAAGGCACAUUAAUCCCGAUGUGACCGGUUCAUCGCAUAUGAACAAAGUCAUGGCCCCUGGCUUAUUCACCCCUCCAGUCGCCUCACGUCAAUCAGCGCCCUUCGGCAGUGAGCUGAGAAGCCGACAGUUGACGAGUAAGCCCGCAAGAAAGAGCACACCAGGCCCGACACCUUUAAGCCAGGCUACGACCCGGUCGGUGGCCACUUCUUCGACCAAUACCGGUGAUGGGGGCUACCUUGGAGUCUACAACCACCCCAGCUCACCCCUGAAGAAGGCUCCAAGUCUUGGGGACCUUCAGUUCAGGUCGCCUCGCAACAAUGGCGAGAUGGCACGAAUCGAGCAAUACCAGUCACAGCAAGGGGACCGAAGCUCGAGCCCCUUGAAAAGCUCUCGCAAGAGUACGGGUACGUCGGCGGCGUUGAACCCACAACCGUCUAGAGCAUGGGGGAGGCCCCAGCAGCAAUCGUACGAGAGAUACCCGUCGAUGUUCCAAUGA